GAUAUUAUCAAUAUCUAAAAACAAAACACUUGAAAUAUUUUAUCGAGAUCCGAAGCUACUAUAUAAGGAGAUUACCACACGAGAUGAUUAUAUCUUUUCAUAAUGACGAUUCUAAAGUGCGUGGUGUUCCUCAGUUUCUUCGCGGUUGUUCAUCUAAAAACGAUAAAACAGAAUCAUGCUAUAAAUGAAAUAGAAGCUUAUAUAGAAGAAAAAAAGGCAGAGAUCAAUCCCAGGUACCGGUUGCACUACCAUGUGGCGCCCCCAGUAGGAUGGAUGAACGACCCUAACGGCUUUUCAUUCUACAAAGGCGAGUUUCAUCUGUUUUAUCAGUUCUAUCCAUAUGACAGUCAGUGGGGACCCAUGCACUGGGGCCACGCUGUAAGUCCAAAUCUCGUGGACUGGAAGACGCUCCCCACAGCUUUAGUACCAGAAGAAGAAAUGUGUUUCUCGGGCAGUGCUGUCGUUAAAGACGAUGAAAUGGUAUUAAUGUACACGGGACGUAGAACAACUGAAGAGGAACCCUUCUACAAUGAGACUCAGUACUUGGCCUUUAGUAAUGACGGUGUAGAGUUCCAUAAGUACGAAGGUAAUCCAGUUCUGCCGUACACACCUAACGGAUCCCCAGAUUUCCGCGACCCUAAAGUAUGGCAGCAUGGCGAUCACUGGUACGUUGUGAUUGGAAGCAAGACUGAUGACGAAAGAGGCAGGGUGUUGCUUUAUAGAUCUGCUGAUCUGAUUAACUGGGAAUUUUUAAGUGUCAUAGGAGAGUCCUCGGGUGACAUGGGCUACAUGUGGGAGUGCCCAGACUUCUUCCAGCUUAAGGGAAAACAUAUUUUAUUGAUGUCUCCUCAGGGAUUAGUUCCUCAGGGUGAUCGAUACAUGAACGUACACCAAACAGGAUAUAUAAUCGGCAAGUUUAGUUACGAAACAUUCGAAUUCGUGCCUGAAGUUAGUUUUCAAGAAAUAGACUUUGGCCAUGACUUCUACGCUGCUACUACUACUGAAAAAGAUGGAAAACGGUACAUAGUCGCUUGGUUUAAUAUGUGGGACGUUCCUCAUCCAGAAGAUGUUGACGGCUGGGCAGGAGCCAUGACUAUCGUCAGAGAGCUGGAGUUAGUGGGCAACCGUAUUGUAAUGAAGCCAGUUGAAACGAUAACCAGCCUGAGAGAGGAGAUAGUGUGGGACGGCAACCUUAUGGAAAAUGAAUUUGUCCCAUUUGAUAAGACAGGAGAACUUAUAGUAACCGGUGAUUUGAGCCAGAAUAUUGAGUUGUUAAUCAGAGGGAGCAAUGGUGGUGGCCAAGUUGUGUUGCGGUGGGAUCCGCAAGUCCGUAAAGUCGUCGUGGACAGAGAAGGUGAUAUAAGGCAAGUUGAAUGGCUUCCUCUGGGUUCUGAACAAUGGAGGAUCUUUUUGGAUGCUUCUUCCUUGGAGUUGUUCUGUGGUGAAGGAGAAGUAGUCUUCAGCACCAGAGUUUAUCCUGAUGGUGGCUGGCAAGUAACGAACCUCAGCCCUCAACCCCUCGACGUGAUUGCUUAUGCAUUGAGAAGAAGCGUUCCCGAGUAGUUUAUUAAAGUUUCAUAUUUCUGAACUGUGAUACUGAACAAUGCGUUAGAUUUUGUGGUCAAGUAAAUAUAUUUUGUAAUAAAUUAUAAUUCAU